CAGUCGUUCAACAGUAGCAGGGAAUGUAUCAAAAUAGAGGAAAAAAAACACAAAAUGAAAAAUGGAUUUUCUUCCCACACAUUUGGUACGGCCAUUGCCCACUGUGCGCAUAGUGAGCAGCUCACGUCACGUCCCGCUCGCUCGGCGACAAUCAUCUCACCCGUAGUGAGCUCGCCCGAAUGAGCAACACAUUCACGCAGCAGCCCGUUUGACAGCUCCGAUCGAAGCAGACAGCGAGCUUGUGUGUGUGCGUACGACAGAAAGAGAGAGGAAACCACAACCAAGUGACAGUGGGGCCAGCAGCAGCGACAAGUGCGACAAACGACACACGGCGGUGAAGAGAAAAAAAGCGACACACACACACACGCACGCACACAAGAAAACAGUGGAACAAAAACAUGAACAGCUAAUCUUUUCGCAAACAUAGCAGCAGCAGCAGCAGCAGUGACCAGAGUGCAGCGGAAGUGAACCCGGAAAAAAGCGCUGAAGCGGAGCGGAAGUGGAGGUGGUCACCGAGACGGCUUCCGGUUUAAUUGCGAUGGGCCAAACGGUGCUGGGUGCGGAUUAGUGGCGUUUGCAUACAUGUCCGCCGCAGCCAUAAACCGGGCGCUGAGCGAGGAAGAGUGGUAAAGGCAGGCGAAAGGGGCCCUUGACCAUUUGGCGUUCGAUCAGAGGGUGGUGUGACCAAGUGUGUGUGUGUGUGUGUAUUGGGAGGAAAAGCCUCCCAGACAAUCCAUCGCUUUGAUAAGGGCCAUACGGCACAGAAGGAAAACAUACGCUGCAGCGAGGACCGGGCAGCUUUUCUUGAGAGUCCGUUGUAGCCGGAGGUUAAACGCUUCGCCGUCAAGCUGGAGAUGUUCAAUCGCAUCAAGAACAGGGUGCUCACCGUGGUGGCCCCUGACCAGCCGGCCCUACCGGCCGGCCCCGGGCACCAAGCGUACGGCGGUGGGGGCACCGCCGGCAGCCGCACCGGCAGCGCCAACAGAGACUACGAUGCGGCCGGUGGCGGCGGCGGCGGCGGCAAGCGGCUGCCGAAAAAGUUCCAGUACGCGCGGCCCCCCUUCCUGCAGCUGCUGACGUACGACGAGCUGAAGGCGAGCGCGGACCACAACGUGCGGCCAAUCAUCGUGCCGCGCGACAUCUCGCUGCUGCCGUGGAGCACCGGGUACGCGGAGUGCGUCAACUCGGGCAAGUCGAAGUGGAACGAGGACCAGGCCGCGUUCCACCGGCAGGUGCUGUCGCACCCGUCCCGCCAGUACCACGACCUGCCGUACACGUACUUCGGCAUCUACGACGGGCACGCGGGGUACGGGGCGGCCCUGGCCGCCGCCAACCAGUUCCACUACAUCCUGCACGAGAAGCUGGUGGACGUGAUCGAUCUGCUGAUGCCGCGGGUCGAGGGCGACGGUGGCGGGCUGGCGCUGCACGCGACCCUGCCCCACCCGAGCCUGUUCCACAAGCAGGUGUCGAAGGACGAGCUGAUCGUGGGGGCGCUCGAGGCCGCGUUCGCCGAUAUGGACGCGGUGCUGGCGGAGGACCGGGACAAGUAUCGGAAUGCGGGCGGGUGUACCGCGCUGGUGGCACUGUUCAUACUCGGCAAGCUGUUCGUCGCGAAUGCGGGCGACUCGCGCGGCGUGCUGUGCAAGCGGGUGCGGCGCCGAAAGCUGCUGCCGGUGUACCAUCGCGCCGAGCGCAACGGGACGGGCGAGAAGGAGGAGGAGGAGGAGGAGGAAGAGAAGAAGAAGGAGGAGAAGGACGAGGGAGGCGAGGACGAGUACGAGGUGGUGGCGGAACCGUGCUCGUUCGACCACACGCCCGACACGGAGCGGCCGCGGCUGCUGACGGUCGGCAAGCACAAUCCGGCCCUGCUCGGCGGCGAGUACAUCGCGAUGGAGUACGCGAAGAAGCCGACGACGAAGGAUCUGGGCGCCCGCAUCCUCUACCGGCAGGGCGCGAUGAAGGGCUGGACGUACAAGACGCUCACCGCGACCGAUCUGAAGAUACCGCUGAUCACGGGCGUGGGCAAGCGGAGCCGCCUGCUCGGCACGAUCGGGGUGACGCGCGGGUUCGGCGACCACGAUCUGAAGGCGCUCGGGAGCAACCUGCCGAUCAAGCCGUUCCUGAGCGCGCACCCGGACGUGGUGUGCUUCGACCUGGCGCAGGUGCGCAGCGAGCCGGCGGACGAGAACAGCGACGGCGAGUACGGCAUCCUGGUGAUGGCGACCGACGGGCUGUGGGACGUGAGCGAGUCGCAGCAGGUGGCGAACACGGUGUUCGGCACGCUCAAGCGCUUCCCGGCCGAGCGCCACCGGUAUACGAUGGUCGCGCAGGAGCUGGUGGCGCGGUCGCGGGGCCGCGCGAACGAAUCGGGCCACUGGCGGCUGUCGGAUUCGCGGGCCGCCGCCACGGUGGACGACAUCUCGGUGAUCGUGAUACCGGUGCACCAGUACUACCAGGAGUACCGGGCGUGGACGCAGACGGUGGCCGCCCGCAACCGUGUGCGCAGCGCGGCGGCCAAGGAGGUGGCGGCCGUGCCGGAGGCGGCCGUCGCGCGCGAGCAGCCGGGUGCGCCCGGGGCCGAUCUCAGCUCCGAGUCGUCCGAGUCAGAGCCGCCCGAGGAGGCGCAGGAGGCGGAAAACAAUCUCAACACGAUCAAUGUGCCGCCGGCGGCCGGCAAACCGUCGGCACCGUUGGGGCUCGCCGAUGCGCUGCCGGCCAAGUAGGGGUAAGCAGCCGGGCGCAAACAACCCUUCUCCCCCAUAAAUGGCAAAAGCAAACAGAGAGAGAGAGAGAGAGAGAGAGAGAGAGAGAGAGAGAGAGAGAGAGAGAGAGAGAGAGAGAGAGAGAGAGAGAGAGAGAGAGAGAGAGAGAGAGAGAGAGAGAGAGAGAGAGAGAGAGAGAGAGAGAGAGAGAGAGAGAGAGAGAGAGAGAGAGAGAGAGAGAGAUGGCGAGAAUGGGCGCGCUCAAACGAAGAAUACAAUAAUCGUUAUAAUCGUAGGAUUUGUAAGUUAAAAGCAGAAGAAGACGAGGCAAACGCACGCAAACGUGCGCUAUAUUCCACUGUGUGCUGUAGCAGGCUAGAAACAAAAAACGGGACAGCAGCAAACGUCCACAUACAUAUAUUAUCUUAAACUAAAAACACGCAAACACCUUUAUCCUAUGCGCGCUAAGCGUUCACGGUGAGCGCGACCAGUAUGUAGCAUAUUUAAAAGAAGAAGAAGAAGAAGAAGAAGAUGAAGCAGAGAGGCAACACUCAAGUAUUGGAUUGCGCCGGAAGCGGCAGGCCCGGGGCACCCUAGAGCAAUUGUGUAGAGUUUAAAUGAAGAGAGAAAAAAGCCCCACUUCCUCCACGGCGAUAGGUUUGCAAGGAUCUAUCUCGGUUCAUCCACAGCAAUCUUAAAACGCUCUAGAGCAGAGGCAACACACCCACACACACCUCCUUCUUUUGGUGUGGAGGUAGCACGUAGGACCGAUAAUUAUUGUCACAUAUAUGCUCCAUUUGCAACAACAGGCAAGAACAAAAAAAAAUGAAAAUGAAGAAACUAGCAGAGGCUUACGAGAGGCUCUCGGCUUCGGUGUGCGGGUGUCGCAGAAGCAGGAGGGUUAUGGGUACAGCAACUUACCUGGAGCAGAGCUUAAGGGCGGAGUAGUAGACGGAGAAGACGCUGAUCAGAAAGUGGACGGCGAGCGCGACCAGCAGCCCCGUACCGGCUGUGACGGCGCCCCAGAUGAGCUGCAGGCGCGAUGAGCAUUCCCCGGUGAAUUACAAAGUGAGAUGUGCAGUGAUGAUGGAAGAGAGAUCAAGAGAGAGAGAGAGAGAGAGAGAGAGAGAGGGAGAGAAAUAGAAAACAGAAAGGGAGUUAUCAAAUGUAUUCGCUCACUUUUCCUAAAUUAAAAAGAAGAUUUCUUUUGACUAAGA